CCUGUUUCCUGUCUUCCAUUCUCACACGUGAAGGUCAGCAAAACAGCCAUAAGGCAUUCAUAAUUACAAAAAUAUUGCUCGUACGACCUCUCUUUAGAAAAAUAUGGACGGCCAGGGAGCGACAGCCGACCCUCAGCUUCAGCAUUUCAUCGAAAUCGAGUCUCAGAAACAAAGAUUUCAGCAGCUGGUUCAUCAAAUGACUGAGGUUUGCUGGGAGAAAUGUAUGGAUAAACCUGGGCCAAAGCUGGACUCAAGGACAGAAAUGUGCUUCGUUAACUGUGUGGAGCGAUUUAUUGACACUAGCCAGUUCAUCCUAAACAGACUGGAACAGACUCAGAGGAGCCGGGGCUCACUCUCUGAGACCAUGUCAGAGUAAAAACUGUCACUAAAAGGACUGACAAGACACGCGGCCCUUGCUCUGUGACAAGGCCACUUGGUCCUGACACAGCUGUCUGAAUGUUGCAGAACUGUCUGAUCAACUGGAAGAAGGAACAAGAUGAAGUGUUACUUGUGUUACAAGUGCCUGAGAUUAACACAAUGUAUGAACUCAUGCAGAAGUCUAGGGUUUUAUUUGUCCUCCACUUAGCGGGAUAUGAGUAUUUCAAAACACUUAUUUGUGCUCUGUUGCUAGCAGUGCCCUUAGAUUGGUUUUGUCAAGUGAUUGAAUUCAAGCCAUUAUAGUGGUCAGGCUGUGAGCUUGAAUUUGUUAAUAUCCACUGCUGUAACUAGUGGGCUAAGUGUGGGAGGAUGCAGAAAGACGGACACAUCUGGGACAUUCAACUUGCCAACUGUUUUUGACAGCCACAAGGACUUCACCUCACACACUGCUGUAAUUUAAGAGAACUAACAAUGUCUUGACUUAAGAGGCGUGAUCAACAGCUAAAGGUUGUAGACUGCACAUAUGCAAUAAACAAAAUGCCAAAUA